AUGGACAAGGAACUCGCAGAACUGGCGGCUCAGCAAGUCUUAAUCGAGAAGCGGAUGCGUCUCCUCCGGUUCGAAAGAAACAAGUUAUCGCCUGUAUCGCGCCUCCCAGCUGAAGUCCUUUCCGAAAUCUUUGUCUGGCGCGCAUCUCCGACAGAAAAGCCUCGCAUGUGGGUUCCCAGCAUUACACACGUCUGCGCAUCGUGGAGGGAGAUCGCCUUGAAUUUUCCACCCUUAUGGUCGACCAUUCAUGGACCUGCGCAGAACAUGGGGCCGUCGUGGCUGGCUACCUUUCUGGAGAGAUCCAAGGGUGCACCACUCUCGAUUCACAGCCAAAUCGAUGAUUUUCCCAACCAAGACGAAGCAGCCAUUUCACGCGUUCGGCACAUCCUUGCCAACACCUUGAAGGAAACGCAUAGACUACGCCAUGUGUUCCUCUCAGGGGACCUGUCACUGCCAUGGCGUAGGAACGGCAUUUCUGCCUUCCUCGUUUAUCGAAUGACUUCGCCAGCCCCCCUCUGGCCAUGCCCCCUGCUUGAAGGAGGCCACCUUCUCCGAUUGUUUGCCCACCAAUUUGGCCUCUUUUCCGAUAUCACCCAUCUGGAACUCAGCUUCAGCGAAGAAUUCCAUACGAGUUUCCACCCCGACGCUCGAAAUGUUUUUGUUGCCCUCAAUGAACUUCGGGACCUCACGAAGUUGACCCUUGGUUUGCCAGCCUCCUUCGCCUCUUCUUUCCAGCCCCCUCAGAUGAUCGACCUUCCUCUCCUGUCAAGUUUGUCCAUUAGAGCAACACACGAAGUCUGUACGACGCUUUUAGGGGCCUUCAAGAUCCCACUAUGUCUGCUAUCACUCGUCCUCAGAGUUGACGACAUGCCCGAGGAAGGCGACAGCCCUGAAUUCGCCGCAAUAAGCGCGGCCUUAUCCUCUGCUUGGUCAUCCCCAUCUCCAGCCAGCCGUCCUCCGCUUCAAGACCUAACCACCAUCUCCAUCCGCUCAACCCCCCUCGAAGACAUUGCGUUCCGUGCCUCUGCAGGAAGCAGUUCCCUUUCCCUUUCGUCCCCGGCCCCCUUCGACCUAACCGGCCCUCAUUUCAUAAUAUCUCCCGUACAAGUGAAACGCCUCGAGCUCGCUGGCGUUGUCUACCGGCACAGUACGCAAUAUAGUGUCGAACCCUUCGUCUGCUCCUUACCCUCUGUGGAUGUUCUCAGCCUUCACGGCAAGGUUGUGAACCCGGUGGUGGUACACCUCUGUAGCCCUAACAUGCUUCCCAGCCUCCGAGAAAUCGAGGUUAGAAAAGCCAAUUUCUCAAGCAGCGCCGAGGGGAAAACCCUCUUCGAACGUUUCAUCUCUUUCUUGAGAAGACGAAAGGGGAAAAUCAAGGCGGUCAAGAUUGAGGGGUGCAAGGGGCUGACGCGAGUGGACUUGGAAAAGUUCAGGAGGGUUGUGGACGGGAAGGUUGAAUGGGACGGACAGGAAGAGGAUUGGGAAACUGAUUACAAUACAACAGAUUCGGAGGAGGAAUUCUCAGACUCACAGUGGUGA